AUGAAUUGGCCUGUCGAUGUUACUGUUUUGGAUACAGAGUUGCAGAAGGCGCAAUGGAGCAAGCCUUGCACCUACAAGUUACCGGAAGCUAUGACUACAGGUGUUGGUACUUCUCAAAAUAACGAUAGCGUGAAGAAAUCCGCAGCUUACCUUCCUCACACAGUCUCCUUCGGGCCUUACCAUCACGGCAAGAAUGACCAUUUGAAGAUGGAUCCUCAUAAGCACCGUGUCCUAGGCCAUUUCCUGCGAAGAUUCAAUGUAACACUCCAAACACUUACCGACUCGCUCGUCACCACCAGCGGCAUACGGCAACAGCUGGAUCGUGUCGAAGUAUUGCCUGUACUACAACGGCUAAUGGAUUCUUAUGAGUCCCUAGGCGACAAGUGGCUCCAUGACCAUGAUGGCUUCUUGAAGCUGAUGAUAUUUGAUGGGUGUUUCAUGCUUGAGAUUUUGCAGUGGUUGUUGGUGUCUGACGGUGAUAAAGCAGUACCGGCAUCCUCGGCUUUUCUCGGCUCGGUUGAUGAAUGCUACUAUGCUGACAAUGACCCUAUCUUCAGCCGUCACGGAAAGCUAUAUUUCUUGUCUUACAUAAGGAGAGACAUGCUGAUGCUUGAAAACCAACUCCCCAUGCUGCUUCUUAAGACCCUGCUUGGUGCUGUUCUCCCCGCCAAAACCCAGGAGGAUAUCGAAGAGCAUUUGAACAUGAUUAUAUUGAACUUCUGUAAAGGUCAUUCAAAUCAUAAUCCGCAAAAAAUGGGUCCAAGUUUGCACGCACUGGACCUCUACAGGAAGAGCCUUUUGACGAUAUGUAUGCAUGAAAACCAACCAGUAGGUGCCUCCUCUAUCACCAAAAAUGUAAAUUCCGGUGAUCAUGCAAAGGCGAAACGUCCCAUGAUGUCAUGUACUACUAGAAGUGGGGAGGACAUCGUAAGGUCAGCAAUGAAUCUUCAUGAGUCCCGAAUCAAGUUCAAGAAAAGUACUGAAACUUGCAACCUGACUGACAUAUGGUUCAAAGGUCACACGCUGAGACUCCCGGUAGUGGUCAUCGACGACACCACAGAAUCAACGUUACUCAACAUGAUGGCGUUCGAGCGUUUCCACGCAGGAGCAGGGAACGAGAUCACGUCAUACGUGUUUUUCAUGGACACUAUCAUUGAUUCCCCGGACGAUGUUAAAAUCCUGAGGUCUAGCGGGGUGUUGCAAAGUGCGAUCGGAAGCGACAAGGCAGUGGCGAAGCUGUUUAAUGAAUUGACGAAAGAUGUGACGCCCGACCCAGAGAGCUGGCUAGUGAAAGUAGUGCAGACACAGCUGGAUGAAUACUGCAGGAAUAAGUGGCAUGAGUGGCGUGCGAACCUCAGCCACACCUACUUCCAGAACCCAUGGGCUCUCGUCUCCCUGUUGGCUGCAGUCUUACUGUUGGCUCUCACCAUAUCUCAGACCUUCUAUUCUAUUUAUGGUUAUUACAAGCCUAAGUGAAACUAAGACUGGGUCUAACGGUCCUCCAGGAUUCAAGCUGAAUCCUGGAACCACAUCAG